AUGACGAAUACUGUAACAGUCAGUCCAGCCAGUGUGGAAAGGGUAAAGGGAGACCAUUGGGUAAAUGAUAAGGGGACGGCAUUCAAGAAUCCAUGGAAGACAUUUACCAGUUUUGGAGCGAUGGAGGUCAUGAAGAUCAUACCUACAAUGGCAUGGAAGGCUUGGACGAAUAAGGAUCCAGCUGCCAAGAAUGCUAAAAAGCUCAUACCUUAUAUCCAACCGACAUACGGUUUUGACCUCCCUUCGACAGAAUUGAAAGUCACUUGGUUAGGUCACGCUGCGUCGUUAGUCGAGAUGCCCGCUAGGGAAGAUAGCGAAAAGGGUUUGAAAGGAAGAGGUGUAAGGGUCUUCUUCGAUCCCGUUUUGUUGGAUGUCAUUUUCCAUGGAGUUGGUCAGAAACGACUGAGUACGAAUGUUACCAAGAUUGAUGAGCUACCUGAAGUGGAUGCUAUCGCCAUCUCACACAAUCACUACGAUCACCUCGACCUCCCAUCGCUCAAAGCUAUCUUUGCGAACCAGAAAAGCAAAUUCGGUAAACAUCCCAAAUUGUUCUUACCUCUUAACAACUAUCAUGUGGUCUCUGGAUUGGGUCUGGGAAGAGAAAAUGUAAUCGAGUUGGAUUGGUUUGAAGAGCGACAGGUAUUGGUAGAUGGUGUAGGGGAAGUCAAAAUUGCUUGUACACCCAGCCAACAUAAUGCUUCGAGAGUGGGAUGGGACAAGGAUAACUCACUUUGGUCUUCUUGGGUAGUCAAGGAUACGUCGUCGAAUGCAUCUGUAUGGUUCGGCGGAGAUACAGGAUACUGCAUCACCACAGAGGAAUCUCAUUCACUCGAAGACCUACCCAAAGAAGUCUGUCCAGCGUUCAAAGAGAUUGGCGAUCGAUUAGGUCCAUUCACCGUAGGGUUGAUACCUAUCGGUGCAUACGAACCUCGAGCUUUGUUUUCAGCUGUACAUGCCGCUCCUAUCGAUUCAGUAAGGAUGUUCAAAGAUACUAAAUGUCAAAAUGCCAUUGGAAUUCAUUGGGGCACAUUCCAAAUGACCUACGAACCGUUCCUUGAACCUCCUGAAAGACUCAAGACAGCAGCCCAACAGGUCGGUUUGAAAGAAGAUGAUUUCGUCGUUGUGGCUUUGGGUGAAACGAGGGGUUAUACCGUCUAG